AUGACUUCCCAGACCGAUUCCUCCCCAACUACUACCGUCAUGCCCGCCUCCCCCGCCCGAACCGCCACUCUUCUCUCCAACCUGGGCGCCGUCAGCUCGCGCGUGACUGCCGCUGCGAGUAAGAGGGUCGCCAACGGCGUCGAAGCCAAGCCGAUCCGCCUCGUGGCCGUCUCGAAACUCAAGCCCGCCGCCGACCUGCUCGCUCUGCAUCAACCCCCCGCGUCGCACCUCCACUUCGGCGAGAACUACAUGCAGGAGCUCCUGGAGAAAUCCAAGCUCCUGCCCCCCACCAUCCGCUGGCAUUUCAUCGGCGGGCUGCAGUCGAACAAGUGCGCCGCGCUGGCGCGCGACGUGCGCGGGCUCUGGGCCGUCGAGAGCGUGGAUUCCGAGAAGAAGGCCUCGCUGCUGAAUAAAGGCUGGGGCGAGCGGUCGGCCGAUCUGCGCGCCACCGAUUCCGACGAGCGACUCCGGGUGUUUGUGCAGGUGAACACGUCCGGUGAGGAUAACAAGUCCGGGGUUGACCCCGCCGAGGGCACCGUGUCGCUGUGUCGCUUUAUCCGGGAACAAUGCCCCCGCCUGAAGCUGCAAGGGCUCAUGACCAUCGGGGCGAUUGCGCGAUCCAAGGCCACGACUCCGGAGACCGAGAAUGAGGACUUUGUCUGUCUACGCGAUACCCGCGAUCGCGUUGUCACUCAACUAGGCCUGCACGGCUCCGAUGCCGAGUUGGAGCUGAGCAUGGGCAUGAGUGAGGAUUUCGAAGGUGCUAUUGCUUUGGGAAGUGACGAGGUUCGCGUGGGAACGACCAUCUUCGGCGAACGGCCACCCAAGGAUCAGGCGAGGGUUAUUUAA